AUGAUCCGCUCCAAUCCCACUGCCAUCCCCAUCCGAGCGAACGAUAUCAAGCUUCUCCAAGCUGAAAUCGAUAAGCGCAAAGCAGCGAGGGAAGCGGCCCAAUCUCGAGCUCAGUCCGAGACGAACGAAGUAGAAGGGAAUAGAGGAAAACAGAAAAAGGGAGAUGAGGUGUUUGGUCUAGGUGAAGAGAGGAAAGAUAGACAGGGGAGGAGUGUUGCUGAGAGGAUAGGUCUUUGA